CUGUAAUAAGUUGAACCUCUACAAAAUUCUUGGGUUUUUGAUUUCCCUCAAGAUAGCGAGGAACGAAGGACGAUGAUGGUAGUGGUGGCCGCCGGUCAGGUUUGUAGCCGGAGAUGCACUCCCCAAUAAUAUCCUCUGGGGUUUUCGCUUUUCGAUGAUUUAUGGAUGGGUCCCACAGAUGACAUCACCGGGUUCUUUUGGAGGCGAAACGCGCCAAACCUGCUUUCGGGAAACAUCCACUCUGAAGUCUCAACUUUCAAGUUUCAACCUCAUCGUCUUCGGCUGGAGCAACUCUGAAGCUCAAUUCCUUUGUUUCGUUUCUCUCAACCAUGAAAGCCUCCCUCAAAGCACGAUUCUCGUACACGACGACCACCACCACGGUCACUAAUAUCAGCCGAAAUGAUCAAAAUGCCCCUCCAUCGGACCCCAAAAUUGUCGAAAUUCCAAUCGAGUCCCCCUCCGAAACCCCGCUGCCGGUAACCGACCACCUCCCCAGUACUUCUCCUCCCCAAACUCAAGCGCCUCCUGACGACCCUGAAUUCGCCGCGGCCGUCAAGAUACAGUCCACCUACCGAGCCUACGUGGUGCGGGCGCUAGUUAGCAAGAUCUCGGCGAUCAAUUCAGAGGCGAACCGGUUGGAACGCCUGAUCCAACGGCAGGAGACGGUGGACGCCAUUCGGAGCGGUGACCGAGAGAAGCUGCGGAUGAACGAGGCCCUGAUGUCGCUGCUAUUGCAGCUGGAUUCCGUGCCGGGUGUCAAUCCGACGGUCCGCGAGUUGCGGAGGUCGGUGAGCCGUCGGGUCGUCGUGCUGCAGGAGAUAUUAGACGCGGUGGCGGAUGCCCGUGUGGACGACGGGGACGGAUUCCUGAGGAAUUGGGAUGAGGUUAUUGCGCACAUGGAAGAAGAUGCGUGCAAGGAGCGAGGAGGGGAGGAACUGGAGCGGUUUUGUGUGGAGAAACUGGGGUUUCGAUGCAUGCAGAGGUUUCUGCGGGGGAUUUGAUGUAUACUGUUGCGGAUUCAGGUAAAGGAUAUCCCAACUUGCCUUGGAGAGCUUCUUAUCCUGCCAUCUUAACUGCCAGGUUUGAUGUGCAUCUCUUUAUCUCUUUUCAAUGUAAGACUUUUCACCAUGGAACCAUUUUUUUCAUACACUCACACAUACUUUAAUUCGUAAUAAAGUUUGGAAUGUGGUUGGUUGCAGUGCAAUUUUAUUUGUAGUA